AUGUUUCAAACAACAACUGUCUAUUCUUCCAUUCCAGCUAGCAGCUCUCCAUCCACUAGUGUAUCCGUUCCAACAACAAUUGUUACUUCUGCACCAACUAGCAAACCCACUUCGUCACUGAAGCCAGCACCAACUAGCAAACCCACUUCGUCACCGAAGCCCAGUAGUCCAACAACGUCCUCAACCACCAGCAGCACUGUGGCUCCCCCAACAACUGUCUAUUCUUCCAUUCCAGUUAGCAGCUCUCCAUCCACUAGUGUAUCCGUCCCAACAACAACUAUUUCAUCUGCUCCGUCAAGUGUAUUUUCGUCUUCAGUUGUACGGAGUUCAACAAUCACUCGAUCACGACCGACAACAAGUGUUUUUUCACCAAGCAUAUUCAUACCCUCGUCAUCUAGCAGUAUAUUCACACCGAGUACCAGUAUUUUCAGUCCACCUCCUCCCUCAAGUUCUGCUCCAAUUUCAAUCCCUACCAGUUCACCAUCGUCCCCGUCAUUUAGUAGCCGUUAUUCACCCUCACCGUCCUUCAGCACACCAGCUUCCAGUGGUCCGUCUUUGAGCAGUAGCAGCAUUUCCGUUCCAUCGUCCGUAAUCACCUCACCAAUUACUUCCACUUCGAAGCCAAGCGUCUCUGUUAUCACAACUUCCCCGAUCGUGUCCAGCGUUCCUUCGUCUAUUCGUCCUUCAUCGCCAAGUCCGACUAGUAGGCCUUCUGCAUCUGUGAGUGUAUGCCCCAGCUGCUUCUACAAAGGGAACUUUUAUCCGCCGAACAGCACCUGGUCUGAUGGACCUUGCACUACCCUUCACUGUAAGGAAGUGCCCAACGCCUGCGUGCCUCUCAACCAAAGCGUUCAAAUUGAGAAAAACAUCGAGAAAUGUGAACCUUGUGCACAGGGGUAUACCCGUCCAGAAUCGGAUGUUGAAUGUUGUCCGGCUUGCGUUCCCAAACCAGGAACUCUUCCGCCAAGUCUCAACCUAUGUCAAGCGACUGCUGUGGAAGAUAUGCACAUCACCGAUAAUAAUUGCACGUCCACUGUGAAAGUUAAAACAAGAAGAUGUUCCGGUUUAUGUCAAUCUUCCUACGAUCCGGGCACAGAUACCAGCCAUUGCUAUUGCUGUCGUCCCAAGAAAUUCAAAUUGGUCAACGUGAAUUUGGAGUGCGAAAAUCCUGUCGAUAAUUUCAUCAAAGAAGUGAAGGUUGUCGAGGAAUGCGAUUGCCAGGUUAUGACUUAGCUCGCUGUCAGUUUAACAAGUACUUCUCGUCUCUAUUAUUAGUUGUAUUAAUCAUUUGAAUAUAUGCUAGAUGAAAUGUUAAAGGCAUAGUAAAAUAUAUGUAACAAUUAUCAAACA